UGUAGGUUUGGGUGGAAACUUUUUCUUUGAGUAUUUUGAUGUUGCUUCUUUGUCUGUUCAGUCGCAUUCUGCUUGGAGGGAGACAAGUGUCCUUGAGUUAUUCAGAGCUGUUCAUAAAGCAGCAGAGAACCAUCAGUGUGUUUGUGUGUAACGUUGUGUUUAGGUUUUCAUUUCUGCAGGUAAAUAUUUAUGUAUCUACCCAAUUUAGGAGUGAAGUUUAGACUAAAUUGAACAUCAACACCCUUUUUCAUUGAAUGGAAAGGGAGUGAAGACAGCAAACACCCUGCCCUGCACUUUGCUUGUGUGUGCGCGCGUGUGCGUAAAUGUGUGAGUGAGCGUUUUUUUCAGGUUCCAGGAUGAAUAUAAAAGCGCUGCAUUUUUCCACACUUCUGCAUAGUGAUCCACACACUUGCAAUUGCUCCACUCAGUUCUACAAGGAUUCUGUUUCCAGUAUUUGAUGGAAGAGAUUGGAUAAAAAUGGAUAAGUGUUUUAGGGACUUCUGCUUUGUGGUCAUCCAGUAACUUGUGUUUUAAAGCUUUCACCAUGACAGCGUUUGAUUUCUCGGAUGUGGAGGCAUUCUUGGACUGCCACCCGGAUCUGUUUGAGGAGUACCUGGUGCGGAGAGCCAAAUGCGACCAGGUGAGCAGGUGGCUGAAGGAGCACCAACCCUCCAAAGUGUCCGCGGCGGAGGAGAAGAGAGGCGCCGCGCUGGACCCGCUUUGGCCGACCAACACCGACGGACUCCGCCGAAGGUCUUCCCACAUGGAGCUCCGGCGGAACUUUGCGCGCUCCAAAGCCACCACGGCGCACCGCACAUACGACGAGCACGUGAGCCUGAGCGAACACGAGUCCCAGUCGAGCAUGAGGCGCCGCGCGCUCCUGCGUAAAGCCAGCUCCCUGCCUCCGACCACCGCGCACAUCCUGAGCGCGCUGCUGGAAUCGAGGGUCAACGUGCCUCAGUACGCCUCCAGCGCCAUCGACUACAAGUACAGACUGAAAGAAACCAACGAAAGGGAGUUUUUCUUGGAGUUGGUAAAAGACAUUUCGAACGAAUUGGACUUAACCAACCUGAGUUAUAAAAUCCUCAUCAACGUGUGCAUCCUGGUGGACGCUGACAGGUGCUCGCUCUUCCUCGUCGAGGGACCCGCUCACAAGAGGACCUUGGUGUCCAAAUUCUUUGAUGUGCACUCUGGCACCACAGUGAGACCAUCAUCCAGCACUGUAGACUCUAAUGAAGUGCAAGUGCCGUGGGGGAAAGGCAUCAUUGGAUAUGUAGCAGAGCAUGGAGAGACUGUAAACAUCUCUAAUGCAUAUGAGGACCACCGUUUCAGUGAUGAGAUUGACAAGUUAACCGGCUACAAGACUCAGACCAUCCUCUGUAUGGCCAUCUGCAACAGCGAUGGAGAAGUCAUUGGCGUUGUUCAAGCAAUCAACAAAAACCCCAUGGGAACCCCUUUUAAUGAAGAUGAUGAGAAGGUGCUGCAGAUGUAUCUACCAUUCUGUGGAAUAUCGAUUUCCAAUGCCAAGUUGUUUUCAGAGUCUCGCAAGGAGUAUGAGAGAAGUAGGUCUUUGUUAGAGGUGGUGAAUGACCUGUUUGAAGAGCAGACCGACUUGGAGAAGAUUGUCAGGAAGAUCAUGCAGAGAGCGCUGACGCUUCUGCAGUGUGAGCGCUGCUCUGUACUUCUCCUGGAGGACAUCGAUUCACCUGUUGUGAAAUUCUCCAAGACGUUUGAGCUCAUGUCUCCCUUGUGCAACAUAGACCGGGAUAUCAGCAUGGAGAAGCUGUCCUGCUCCGACUGGCUAAUCAAUAACAGCAUUGCUGAGCUGGUGGCUUCCACUGGACUGCCAGUUAACAUCAGCGACGUCUGUCAGGACCCACGCUUCGAUGCUGAGGCAGAUCAAGCUUCGGGGUUUCACAUCAGAUCUGUCUUAUGUGUCCCCAUUUGGAAUCGAACUCAUCAGAUUAUUGGAGUUGCACAAAUCCUGAAUCGUUUGGACAGAAAGACGUUUAAUGAUGCAGAUCAGAGGCUAUUUGAGGCUUUUGUGAUAUUCUGUGGACUCGGCAUCAACAAUACAAUGAUGUACAACCAGGUGAAGAAGACCUGGGCCAAACAGUCAGUAGCCCUGGAUAUGCUGUCUUACCAUGCUACCUGCUCCAAAGUAGAAGUUGAUCGACUCAAGGCUGCUAAGAUCCCCCUGAGCAACGAGCUGGGAAUCGAUGAGUUUCAUUUCAAUGACUUCUCCUUGGACAAUGACGCCAUGAUCACCGCAUCCCUCCGAAUGUUUCAGGAACUGGGAGUUGUGCAGAAGUUUAAAAUUGACUAUGAGGUUUUGUGCCGGUGGCUUCUGACUGUGAGGAAGAACUAUCGAACUGUUGCCUAUCACAACUGGAGGCAUGCUUUCAAUGUGUCACAGUGCAUGUUCACCAUGAUCAAGACGGCCAACUUCCAGGAUGUGCUCGCAGACGCAGAGAUCCUGGCUCUGAUGGUGGGCUGUUUGUGCCAUGACUUGGACCACCGAGGCACCAACAAUGCAUUUCAAGCCAAGACUGGCUCUGCGCUCGCUCUGCUCUACGGGACCUCAGCCACCCUGGAGCACCAUCACUUCAACCACGCGGUCAUGAUUUUGCAGAGUGAGGGUCACAACAUCUUUGCAAACCUCAGCUCGAAAGAGUACAGCAACAUGAUGCAACUAUUGAAGCAGGCCAUUCUCUCCACAGACCUUACUUUGCACUUUGAGCGCAGAGCCAAGUUCUUUGAGCGUGUCUUGUCUGGAGAAUUCAGUUGGACAGAUGAAGGACACAGAGAAGCACUCAGGUCCAUGCUGAUGACGGCGUGUGAUCUGGGGGCCGUCACUCGACCUUGGAAGAUUUCCAAACAGGUUGCAGAGCUGGUGACCAGUGAAUUCUUUGAACAAGGAGACAGGGAGAGGUCGGAACUUAAACUAACGCCAGCAGCCAUCUUUGACCGUAAUCGUAAGGAUGAACUGCCUGCCUUACAGCUAGAAUGGAUUGAUGGGAUCUGCAAACCACUUUACCAGGCACUGCUGAAGCUCAACAGGAAGCUACAGCCGAUGUUGGAUGGGAUUGAGGCGAAUCGAGAGAGGUGGCAGGAACUGUGUUUGUCCCGUGAGCGGACCCGCAGAGCCACAGUGUCCAGUCUGUUUCCCGAACCGGGCCAGAAUAUCGAGCCCAGUGAUGACGUUAAAACCAGUGAAAACCUGGAGCGCCCAGAAAAAGAUAGGCCGGUAUGAGUCAACAUAAAUGAGGUGUGAAGUCUUCAAAAUGUUUUUGACAAAUCAGCAUGUAAAAACUGUUGAUUCUCUAGAGACUUUUGAAAUAAGACAUAUGUUUUAAUUUGUGUUUAUUGUUUUUAUUUCCUCCAUAUUACAAUUUGAAUUUAAUAAUUUAUUACAGACUGACUCUUGACUCUAUUGACUCUUAUAUUGGUAUGAAAUGUUGUUCUUCUAACAAAUUGUUAUUGAAUUCUUACAUUGAAACCUUAGUACCUCAUGAAUACGUGAAACCCAGAGAGCAGCUGCUUGAUUUUCCUCAUGAGGUUGGUUUGAAAGCCAAACUAGACAGACAUGUGUGACAAAACAAAACGGUGCUUUAAAUGCGCUAGAAUAGUGUACCCGCAAUAAAACUCUGUUUUUACGGCCGUCUUGGGACAAACACAAGACUAUGAUAGUACAGAAAUUACAGACAUUUUCCAAGUCAGUGAAUGCACCAGAACUGAUUUUGAUUGGCCCUUUAUGUUAGCUGAAAUGUUCUGAUUCAAAACCGAAAAGAAGAGGUAAAAGUGAAAAAAGUUCUGAAACUGAAAAUUUGAGUUUUGAAACUUAAAAAAUGAAAAUUUUGUUCACAACACAUAUUUCCGUUUGAAUUUUUAUAGUUGUUUUAUUUGGGUUUCAAAUCUUUAUGGCCCUGAUUUGGCUCCAUAUGCAUGCUGUUUUGGUGAAAAUUUUACAGAUGACUCUUCAGCUUUUGAAUGGCCUUUCCAGAGUUUUUUUUCCAACUCUUUGGUGUGUUUGGCCCAGUUUCUGAAAUUACAUGCUUUUGGCUGGCUUUAAAUCAUCCUGAUAAAUUCCACUUACUAAAAAUCUGUGUUUUUUUCUAUUAAAAAAAGGCUUCAUCAAUUGUUUUGUAAAAGUACCUGCUUUAAAAAUACAUCCAUAAUUCAUUAUAAUUCAUUUUCUUUCCCUUAUUUCGACUACCUAUUAAAAUAAACGUUUAUUGUUAAGUUUGCACCUCUCUGAAUUGAUUGCUUACAUUGUUAAUAAAGUUGAUAACCCCUUAUACAUGCUGUAAUUACAAUUCAAUUGUUGAAAUGUGUCAUUUCUAGACAUCUGUUUAAUUAUAUUAAAAAUGUGCUGCAGGUUAACUCCAUGAAGCAGCUCCUACCUCCCAGAGAACAUAUUCAUGGGAGAUUCUCUACAUAUUCAUACAGUCUCUUUUAGAAGCCUUUAUUCAUCUGUGGAGAACGUUUGAUGUGGAUUUUAACAAGGCGACGAGGUGAGGCAAUAGCAGCAGCAGAAAUGUGAGAAACUCAGAGCAGCUUGAUGCACAUUCUGCUGCCAAGCCAUAGCCAGAACCGGGCCUUAAUCUAUAAUUCAACGCGGACUGAGUUUAUUCUCCUCUGGGUCGAUGAUCAGGGGGAGAACCGGAUGGAGAGAGGAGGGAGAGCCUUCCAACCUUAUUUCUGAAACGGGGCUUGGUUCUGCUGCAGUCUUUGAUCUCUCUCUCUCCUUUUCUUCUUUUUCUCUUGUUUUUCUUAUUUUUUUUCUAUCUUCCUCCAUACAGAAAUAACAGAACCUUUCAUUCCUGUUCAGUUUGACAUACUGUACUAUAGGUGCACCCUCAUAAAAGCUGCAGAGCAUGUGUGAUGAAACACUCUGAAGAGAUGUGCCUAACAUUCAACAACCCGGAUGGUACUUGUAGUAAUUUCUCUCAGGCUGAAAAUAGAAACAACGUGUAAUAACCUCUCAGGAUGAGAUACUGUGAAAAGUUUAAAAGCUUGAGCGCGUAAACACAUUCACAGUAAUGAGAUUGCUCUUUGCUGCCCCGUUGUGACUGCAGAUGAAAUGUCCUGCUUCCAUUUUUAGAAACCAGAUUGCUCUGCGAUUGUAAUAUUGUUCCAUUCACUAUAAAUAUUUAUGCCCUAAUCAGUCAGGAUGCUAAUGUUCAACAAACAGCUUUGUCCGCGUGUUGAAAAGAUUUAUUCUUCACAAUACAACACGAGAGCCCUAUUAUGAGCAUUGAAACGAAUUACACUAACAGAAAAGCCUGACAGCUCCAACGAUGAUUCAUUCAGGGACACGUUAAAGUAAAGUUUAAGGCCUACAGAACGUUUUGCUCAAAACAUUUUUGCUUUCUUUAUUUUCACCUAUGUUAGGGAUUCUUGUCUAAAUAAGCUGCAUUAAAACUGAGCAGUACCAUGAGAAAUAUGUUAUGACUUCUCCCUAAAAAGCCUAAUUGAUAACAUCUUUGUUGGUCUGACAGUUUUAGAAUUUAGAUUUCAAUCUCCGAAGUUUUGCUGUUCUCUCCACAUUCAAAGAUUUAGCUUGAAUUUGCAAACAAAAAUACAGAAACCUAAAGAGGUUUUAUGUAAAUACAAUUUUUAAAGCUGCUUCCUUCAACAUAAUACAAAUAAUAAUCAACUUGCAUGAAGAUGGUCAAACCUGUUUUCAGUCUAGUAAAGUAAAGUAAAUUCUGAUUGGAUGAUUGGAGUUUCUUGAUCUUUCUCCCUUAACAGGAUUUAGAAAAAAAUUGACAUCCAAAAGGGUCACUACUGGUUUUCAGGUUUGACGUCAGCAUCAAGAAACCUAACUUAUUAUUAUGUCUUUUAGAAAAAAAAAUCUAAAUUCUUUUAAGUAGUUUUUUUUAACAUUAAUUCUUCAUAAAUUCCAAAUAUAUUUUAUAUUUUAAUAAUUUUACAUUGUUGGAAUCCAAGUCAGUUAUUAGACAGACUGCAAGAUGUUCUUUUAGCAUUUCAGGGCAUUUUGUUUAUUUUUUUUCUCAUAUUGCUAUAAAAGGUUUUCAGUCAAUCGAUUGCCUGAUGCUAAAAUAUUGAUAUUAUUUGCUUGCAGAUGUUAAGCCAUCUGAUAAUUUUUGUCAUUCACUUUUUCUAGUAAGCUUUGAAAAAUCAUUUAAAUCAAUUAUAAGGUUUAAAAAAUGGCAAAUCAUUUCUUAGUGUUUUUUUUUUCUUUUU